AGAAAUCGCCUCUAUUUCACUGAGGUACUGCAGAUAUAUAAGUGAGGUGAUGUCACUACACCAGCUGAUCUUACUGGGCUGUCUGUCUGUGGGACUGGCACAGGAGUUUAUGACACCCACUACUGACAUUGUGGCUGAGCUGAAAGCUCUGAAGGCCAGAGUGGAGAAGCUGGAGAAAGAAAAACAAGAUACACCAAAGGUGGCCUUCACAGCCAGGCUGUUAGAGUCCGGGAAACAACACACUGGUCCAUUCAAUAUCCAUACUACCCUGAUCUACAAGGAUGUGGUCACAAACAUUGGCGCUAACUACAACCCAACCACAGGGAUGUUCACAGCGCCAGUGAAAGGAGUCUACUUCUUCAGCUUCACUAAUUUUGGGUAUAUGAGCAACGGGGCGCAUAUUGGCACAACCCUGUAUAAGAACGAUGAGCACAUAGUUUCUGCAUUCCAGUAUAAAACUGAUAAUACAGAGGAUGUCUCGUCCAGUGCAGCCACACUGGUGCUGGAGGUGGGAGACCAGGUCUAUGUGCGUCUGCCGUCCGGCUUUAAGGUCUAUGACGAUGCGCAUGAUCGCUGCUCCUUCAGUGGCUUCCUGCUCUUCCAGACAGAAGAUGCAUUAAAGCCGUGCAAUAGUGCAGAUCACAGCUGAGCAUUCUGAGGGUGAUUCUGCACAUUUCAGUUUUUCAACAGUUUUUCUGUGUAUUCACAACCUCUGUCAGUGUGUGCACAAUUCUGUACAAAUAUGAGUGUAACGCAAUACCUUCCCGAAGGAUUUUCAGAAAAAUAAUAAAAUAAUUGAUUACAAAAAUGA